CGUCAGUGAAGUGAUGUCAACAAAGGCGCAAAAUAUUAUUAUAAUCAUCUGAAUCACGCAUUUCACAUUCAUCGUUCGCGUAAAUCGCAAUGCUCGUUUGUUAAGCUUGCAUCAUGCGUCGCACUUACUGUGCAGUUUUUAUUAUAAAGUGUAUUUUAAUUAACUUUUGCAUAGGUGAGAUAAGCAUUGAGAAAAAGGAACAAAUUUUGAAUGGCUUCAUAGAUUCGUUGAACAAUCUACCCGAUCAGCUUUAUACUUAUGAAGAAGGAGUACUUUUAGAAGCGGAGAAGACGAACGAUAACACCUACAAGGUUUGUGCACGGCUCAAAGUCAGUGACAUCCAUAAUGUGGAUUCUGUCAAGAUAUUGCGUUGCAGAGCUGAACUAGUACAGAACGAGGAUAAUGUACUGGUCUUACAACAAGGGCAUGAUUGUGUAGAGCAGCAUGAUACUGGCUCUACGCAAGAUGUGGAGACGGGAGUUAGUGGUGAAGACCGUACAACAGAGUCUGCUGGUUAUGAUGGGCCCGUGAAGCUAUAUAAUGAAGUGCAACAGCCCAAUGCUGAGGUGACAUCAGGCGAGCAGUUCGUCGCGAUCCCUCGAGCGAGCCCCAGCGUGCCAUGCAUCGGUUGCGCGUCCCACGUGGACCCCAGCGCAGCCGGCGUGCCCGAGCUGGCCAACCUUGGCAUCCGACAUCUGGACCUCCACGACCCGGCCAAGCAUGUGCUUAAAUCUGUCGUUGAUGUUGAGCGACAGGUUCAGGUAGUAAAUGGCGUCCGCUACAUACUCACCCUGCUUGUCGAUUAUGACAAUUGCACUGCGCCUGACGCCGUGCCCUGCCCAGUGAGUACUCCAUGCAAAAUUUCCAUCCUCGAAAAGCCUUGGAAAAAGUUACCAGACGGUUCAAAGUACCGAGCCAUACUAGCCAACAACUGCACUGCUGAAUGGCUAUUUGGUGACGAAGGCGAGGUUCUGCCCGUUCUUGAAAAUAAUGAAAACAAUGAAAUUCACCCAGACCCCAAUGCGGAUCCUGAUGCUUUGAAAGUUAUUCACAAUUUCGAUGCGCAAGCGCGUCCUAAUCAAGAAAAUUAUAAUGCCGACGAAGUUUUGAAAAAUGUGGAAGACCAAAUUAUUCCGUUCAGUGAAUUUGAGGCAUCUGGACAUCGCAUUGAAGCAACUUCAACAGAGAAAAUAGCGCCGACUCAAGAAACUGCCGAGCAAAUCCACGCAGACGAAAUACAAAGAAAUUAUAAUGAAAAUGCGGCCGUCGAACAGCAGUUCCCAACGAGUGAAACUAACUCUAUAUUAAGCGAAGACAAGAAGAAAGCGGUUGAUGAUCUAAUGCACUAUUUUGACUUAGAUAGCUUCCAAAAACCGGAAGUUACUAGUGAUCAUCACAGAGAAAAAAGAAGUUACGAUGAACUUCAGAACGGAAAUAAUCCCAAAUAUAACGUUAAAUUCAUUGAAAAUUUAGCUCGACAAAUGGUUGAUCACGUAAAUAAAGUAGAUAUGGCUAUACAAAACAGAGUUUUUAGAGAUAUAAUACGCGCAGAAGACGAAUUUGGAAAUAACCAGCAUUUCUUUUACAUACAAGCGUCAGUAACUACUGUGCCCUGCAACGGAUCUUUAUGUAACUAUAAUGAGAUCGAAAAAGAAGUUUGUAGCGGUGCUGUAGAGGCUACCGAUGAAAACGCUCCUAGAGUACUAAAUGCAUUCUGUUAUGCAGAUGAAACCCAUUUCAGCAAAGAAAAAGAAAUUUUGUUGGCCGAUCCAAUACUAGUCGAACGAGUUGAACCUGCUAUAGAAAAAAUUGAAUCUGAAUCUCCUAAAGAUAAUGCAAUCAAGUUGGUAAAAAUUCUAGAUGCAACUACAAAAAAGAUGUCCGGGAUAUUAACAAGGAUCACCUUGUCUCUUAAAUAUACAAGUUGUAAGAAAUCGCAGGAUAUUUUCACUCGAGUGAACUGUAGUAUAAUAGAAGAAAUGGGCUCUAAAAUAUGUCAAGUAGAAAUACACGAAAUACAUGAUAAUAUGCAAAUUAAAUAUGAGUGCAUUGAACGAAGCGCACACCAAGAUUUCGCAGAUUCAGAGCAAGUUGAUAGGAAAACCGGAAAUGCUGAUCCGGAAAUUCGUAACAUGAUACAACAAGCGUUAAAGAGCCUGGAACAAGAAUCAGACGCUAAUCGAAAACUAAAAGUAGUCGACAUAAAAUCAGUUUCGACCAAACUCAUGGCUGGUUUGUUAACGAAAAUCGUCUUUUCCGUCGGAUAUACAAAUUGCCUUAACGAUAAGAAUGUAGACGAUAAUACUUGUGAAUUACUGCAAAAUACACCCAUUCGCGAGUGCGAAGCACAAGUAUGGGAUAGGCAAUGGCUGGCAGAUAGUAGGCAAAUAAAUGUUAAGUGCCAAAAGUAUACUGACAGACAUUCAGAUGUUGAAAAAAAUGAGAUCCCCGUGUUUAGAAAAAAACGAUCUAACUUUGUUGGCGGUGAAAUAGAGAAAAACCCUAAUGACCCUCUCUACAAACAAUUAGCUGAUGAAUCUAUAAAACAACACUUAGCAUCCAAAAAUGGCCUUCAAGUCGGCGUUAAAGAGUUAAAAAUAAACCGAGUAGUCACUCAAGUUGUUGCAGGAACUCUAACUAAAAUUGAUUUCGAUGUUAUCCCUGCCGAUGGUGAAAUCUUCAGCUGUCAUUCUGAGAUUUGGGAACAGCCUUGGCUUAAAAAGAAGGAAAUUACAGUAACAUGCCCAAAAAAUCAGAGAAGAAAGCGUAGUCUGAAAGGUGGAAUGAAGAACCAAGACCCUGAGGAUCCUAAGUACAUAAAAUUAGCACAAGAAUCUUUAGAAAAGUAUCGUGCGACUCUUGUUGGUGGCCAACUUAAUGUCAAAGAACUGAAAGUAACAAAAGUCGCUACACAGGUAGUUUCUGGCACCAAAACAUUUAUUGACUUUACUGUAUUCCCUACUAACGGUGACGAAAUAAAGUGCCAUUCUGAGAUAUUGGAGCAGCUUUGGCUUAAUAAGAAAGACAUUGAUGUAAACUGUGUUGUAAACGAACAACAAAAUAGAGUUAAGAGAGGUUUACGUGGCGGCCACAAAGAACAAAAUACUGAAGACCCAAAAUACAGAACAUUAGCCCAAGAAUCUUUAGACAAGUAUCGUACAACUCUAGUUGGUGGUCAACUUAAUGUAAAAGAAUUGAAAGUUACAAAAGUUACCACACAGGUAGUGUCCGGUACCAAAACAUUUAUUGAUUUUACUGUAUUCCCUACUAAUGGUGACGAAAUAACAUGCCAUUCUGAGAUAUGGGAGCAGCGUUGGCUUGAUAAGAAAGAAAUUAAUGUGCAUUGUGGUGUAAAUAAACAGCAAAGAAUAAAGCGACAAAUACCCGGCGGUGAAGUGAAUCAAGACCACGAAGACCCCAAAUACAAGAAAUUAGCGCAGGAAUCUUUGAACCAUUACAUUCAGUCCACCAAUGCGAAUACCGUUAACGCUAAAGAUCUAAAAGUUAAAAAAGUAGUUACUCAAGUAGUUGCUGGUUCUUUAACUAAAAUUGAUUUCGACGUAACUCCUACAGAGGGUGAAGUGUUCAGCUGCCAUUCUGAAGUUUGGGAAAGGCCGUGGCUUUAUAAGAAAGACAUCAAUGUCGAUUGUGAUUUUAAUAAACAGCAAAGUAGGGCUAAAAAAAGUAUACCUGGCGGCCAAAACGAAGUAAAUCCUGAAGACCCAAAAUACAGUAAAUUAGCUCAAGAAUCUUUAGAUAAGUAUCGUGCGACUCUUGUUGGUGGCCAACUUAAUGUUAAAGAACUGAAAGUAACCAAAGUUGCAACACAGGUAGUUUCUGGCCUCAAAACAUUUAUUGAUUUCACUGUGUUCCCUACUAACGGUGACGAAUUAACGUGCCAUUCUGAGAUUUGGGAACAACGGUGGCUAAACAAGAAGGAAAUAGAUGUCAAAUGUGACUUGAAGGGCCGAGAAAAGCGUGAAAUAUUUCACGAUAACCCAGAGAAAUAUAAACAAGGAUCUCCAAAUGAACUCGUUGCCAGUGAGCCGCAGUUCAAAUUAUUAGCGGUUGAAUCUUUACAGAAGUAUACGGAGAUGAUAAACAGCCCAGUACAUCAUGAAGUUGUCGAAGUAAAGAAGGUGAUUUCCAAGGUAGUGGCAGGGAAAUUCUACGAAAUAGAUUUCACCGCAGUUCCUACUUCAUGUUCAAUGUAUGAGGCUAAUCAAGAAAAUUGUAUCGCUCGAAACGACACUCUUCUGUCUUGUAAUGCACAAAUCUGGUCUCAGCCUUCGUUGAAAUCAAACGAGAUUGACGUUAUCUGUAAAAGUAAUUAUAGAAAAGUCGAAGAAGGUGUCAUUUUGAAAAAAGAAGACGAUGAUUAUGAAAAGAAACUAAUAUUACACCCACGGCAAGAAAAAAAAGGCAAAGAACUAAAAAUUCUUGCUCAAGAAAUACUGGAAACGUAUGAACGACAGUUUAACUCGAUCUAUAAACAUAAAAUCAAAAGUAUUGGGAACUCCUAUGAGCAAAUUAGUGAAGGUAUUUUGACUACUAUUGAAUUUUAUGCGUCACUCACGAAAUGUCUAACUGUUGAUGAAACUAACAUUGACGACUGCCAGAUAAAGCAACCUGAAGUUGUAAUAUUCUGCAAGUCGAUUGUACGGGAGCGGACAUGGAUAUACUUUAAAGAUAUACAAGUGUCGUGUAAGAAUGCAAAUACUACUAAGUUAGACAUAAUGGAUUGGGAGGAUGAAACAUCAACCGCGAAAGAAAACUACGCCGACAGACAUAAACGAGACGUAAUUGAAGAUGAUGACGAUAAUUACAUGGAUGAUGAAAUGAAAUAUUAUUAUGCCAGUCGUGCUAUUCAACAUCUAAAUCAACGCAGUGACGUUCAAAACUUACAGAAAUUGAUUACGAUUCAUUCUCUUGAUGUAUCCAAUCAGAUGGGCGCACGAAUGAUACGUAUGUACAUCGAAACGGCUAUGACAUUCUGUGUGCGUCAUCAACUAGAGACUGUAGAUAUCUCCGAGUGUGACGAAAUAGAUGGUUUAGGACACAAAUUGUGUCACGUCAGGAUAUGGCCCUCUGUCAAUGAUGAAAUGAUUCUUCGGCAUGUGGUAGUGGUUUGCGACGAUGAUAGUGACUUUUCUUCGGUGACUGGAUUCGAAGUAUCUAAAUUGAUAGCCGCCUCGUUGCGAAAGCUAGAGGAAUCACCAAAAAUAAAAUACAAAUUAGUUCAUCAAGGAGACCCAUACGUAAUGCCUGCACUCAGCACGAGAUUCCCUAUUAAAUUGAAUUUUGUUGUUUUAAGGACGAACUGCACUAAAGAUGUAGAUGUGUUUAAACAACGACACAUGUGUUUUGUAGAUUCUACUACACCAGCUACGUCGUGCGAAUCUAAGAUAUAUCUUUCUCCCAAUAGCAAGGACAUAAAAGAUAUUAAAGCUUCAUGCAACCCAACUCGCAGGGAACGAAGAGAUGUCAGCUUUGGCCCUGCUAAAACCAAUAGCGAGGAUGCUAUCAUUGCUGAACUAGUUGAAGCGUCACUGGAAAAACUUGAAACAUCGUCGCUGCAUAGAUAUAAGCAGAGGGUAUUGAAAAUCAAUAGCUACUCUACAAAAAUCACAAGAGGACGAGAGACCACAAUAGAUUUUGACGUCGGAUAUUCAUCUUGUUUAAAAUAUGAGUCCAUCAAGAAUAUAAGCAAUUGUGAAUUUCUCGAGUAUCUCCCAAUAAGGCAUUGCAUAUCCCAUGUGUUCGAACGGCUGUGGGUGGAAAACGGUAGAAAUAUUGAUGUACUUUGCGAAGACAAUGAAACCCCGUUAGAAUCUCAAAUGGAAUUCGACAACGCUGAUACGGCUAAUCAAAUUGCAAACGAAGCCUUAAAACACAUAGAAGCUAAAUAUCCUAAUGCAAAGAGGCUUCAGGUUGUUAGGAUAUUUUCUCUGCAGAAGCAAACUAUAGCUGGAAUUCAUUAUAGGUUAAAGAUGGAGGUUGGCGUUACAGAUUGUCCCGCGUUAAGUCUUAAGACGGACUGCAAGUUAGCUGAUGGAUUCGAGACUAACAAGUUCUGCCGAGUCAACGUGUGGAUCAGGCCUUGGACGGACCACCCUCCGAGUUUCCGCGUUAUUUGCGAUUAUCAAGAAAGCGAGACCGCUGAGGUGUAUCAUAGAAUGCAAGCUGAACACCUUUUCGCCAACUUCCUCGCAACAUACAGGCCAGAUUACAUGGACGAUUACAAAGAGAUGGCAACAAGGUUCAAGAUAUUCAGAGCUAACGUGAGAAAGGUUCACGAGUUGAACAUUCACGAAAGAGGAUCGGCGACAUACGCAAUCACCAAGUUCUCUGACUUGACUUCAGAGGAGUUUAGCAGCAAGUAUCUGGGGUUGAAGACGAGCUUGAAGAGUGAGAACAACAUCCCCAUGAUUAAGGCAGAGAUUCCGAAGAUAGAUUUGCCACAGUCGUUCGACUGGCGCGAUGAGGGCGCCGUCACGGGGGUCAAGGACCAGGGACAAUGCGGUAGCUGCUGGGCUUUCAGUGUUACAGGAAACGUGGAGGGUCAAUGGAAGCUAACCUCGGGCAAGUUGUUAUCCUUAUCGGAGCAGGAGCUGGUGGACUGUGACAAAACGGACCAGGGCUGCAAUGGCGGCCUGAUGGACAAUGCUUACAGAGCCAUAGAAGAGCUAGGCGGGCUAGAGUUAGAGACCGACUACCCGUAUGAAGCGGCUGAUGAUAAAUGCGUGUUCAACAAGACCCUGUCGAGGGUCCAAAUCAGUGGGUCCGUCAACAUCUCCUCGAACGAGACGGAGAUGGCGCAGUGGCUGGUCGCCAACGGACCCAUUUCUGUCGGUAUAAAUGCAAACGCGAUGCAGUUCUACGUCGGAGGCGUGUCGCACCCAUGGAAGGCGCUCUGUAGCCCUAAGAACCUGGACCAUGGAGUGCUGAUCGUUGGCUUCGGGAUCAAAGAGUACCCAAUCUUCAACAAACGCCUACCCUACUGGAUAGUGAAGAACUCUUGGGGCACGUCAUGGGGCGAGCAAGGCUACUACCGUGUGUACCGCGGCGACGGCACGUGUGGCGUCAACCAGAUGGCGAGCAGCGCCGUCAUCUAACCUUUUAUACAAUAACUCUGCGGUACUGGAUAGUGAGCUCUUGGGGCAAGUUGUGGGGCGAGCAAGGCUACUACCGUAUGUACCGCGGCGACGGCACGUGCGGCGUCAACCAGAUGGCGAGCAGCGCCGUCAUCUAACCUUUUAUACAUUAACU